GUAGUGUAGCAGUACUUUAGUAGUAGUUGUGGUUGUCGACGUCACUGUCGCGAUUCGUCUGUAGUUCCGUCAAGCAGUCCCGUGAACGAUCGGAAUAUCAAUAUAAUAACGACAGAUACGACAACCAUAGCUGGACAACUACAGCAAUCUCACACUAUUAUACCACAUUAAUUAAUUAUAAGACAUUGUAAUAAAAUAUAAUAUUAAUAAUUAUAAUGUCACGUUGAUUACCGCCGUCGAACCAUCGGAACAGACGCGUCGACAACACAUACCCGACGACACCAGCACCGUGUACGGGGACGGAAUCCUGUUCUAGUGGCGACGUGUGUUUGUACGACGUGUUAAACGAACGAUAAAAGCGUACGACGGAAAAAGGUGUCGCCUAUCUGUAUGGUUAUUGAUUCGGUCAUAACGUUUGUUCACGUUACCGAACAGUAAUUAGUAGGUACUCAUACACAGACCAAAACCGUUGUCUCUAAGAAAUCACUUGUGUUGUGGUCGUGCGUCGUUUUAAUUAAAAUGUCCAUGCUAACUGCAACCAAGAAGACGAAUAUAGAAGAUGAUGCUGCACUUCUAUCUACUGUAACUACCAACAGCAUGUUAAAUCAAUUAAGAGCAGACUCCGAGUACGACGAAGAAGACGACGAAUUAACAACAAGACCUACACCUACUGGUAGUCCUCCUCCGGUAUCUAAAACCACUGCUAAUUCUGCUGACAGUGACGACGAUGAAAUAAUGGCUUCAUCUCCGCCACCACAAUCUUCGUCCGCUGGUUUACCUGGUAAUAUGACUCCAGCAACUGGUGCACCACCAGCGGCCGAUCUAGCAUCUGGCGGUGGUACGUCGUCGUAUCAUAUACCACAGUUCCCUAUCGAACGCAUAGAAAGCAAAAUGGCAGCCAUUAGUAGCAGUCUGGCCAAGGAAAUGGACGAAAAACGAGCUGCUGCUGCAGCUUUAGGAUACCCACAGUCGACAAUGAACAAGGAUGACCGGCAAUUGUAUGGUGAUGGUGUAUCAAUUUCAGCGCAGUCGUCAACCACUGCGGGAAUCGAAAAACAACUACCAUCGACCACUGGUGCACAAUGGCAACAAAAUCUAUCUGAAGACAACGAAGGGCAAUACGAUUUUGUGCCACAUUUUCAACGAGUUAGCAUUGGCGGAGAAGAUAACAAUGGGGUCCCUUUGGAAGAUUUGCAUUGGGCAUCACAACAACUCAUGGAAGCGUUGCACAUUAGAGAACGUUAUAUGCGAGUGUCCCAUCAAUCUUUCCCGAACAUCACGUCGAAGUUUUUCCACAAAAAGCACCCUAAGCCGCAAGGGGGGGAUCCAUCCUCACCGUCGUCCGGUAACGCUUCUGUGCUUCACUCGUCGGACAGCGUUACUGACGUGUCCGCUGGCGGCGACUCGAACAACAAAACGGAAAUCAGACAGCCUUAUCCAAGAGCCCGAGUGAUCAAGCACGAAGACCGUCAAUCGAUCGCCGAUAUCCAGAAACGAGUCUCUGUUUCUGAUCUAGGGACGCAACAAUCUAGGAAAUCGUCGUAUAAUCCGUGGGCUGACCGACGAAGUUCGACCAUGGACGACGCGUUUACCGACCAACUAUUAUUCGACAUUGCGUACGGCCAAUACGACCAUCCGGUACAUCCUCCAGCCAGCGUUGGCGACCCGUGGCAGUGCGACUUUCCGCCAUCAUUGGGCUUCACGAUCCGUGCGCAGGAUGGCGUAUUUCAAUUGUACAGCAGUCCCGACUCUGAGACUCCAGUUCAAGGAUUCCCGUAUCCUAAUUUGGAAACGUUUUGUCGGGACAUGCAACGGCUGUGCACGAUGAUAUCUGACGGUCCACUAAAAUCAUUUUGUUAUCGUCGGUUGUCGUAUUUAUCAUCGAAAUUCCAACUGCAUGUGUUACUAAACGAAUUGAGGGAACUUGCGUCACAGAAAGCUAUUCCGCAUCGUGAUUUCUACAAUAUCAGAAAGGUUGACACCCAUAUACAUGCUGCAUCGUGCAUGAAUCAAAAACAUUUGUUAAGAUUCAUUAAGAAAACUUUAAAAAAUCAUUCUGAUGAAGUGGUGUCUGCUGGUGGUAUGACGCUUAAACAGGUUUUUGAAUCAAUGAAAUUAACAUCGUAUGACUUGACCGUCGAUAUGUUGGAUGUACACGCAGAUCGCAACACGUUUCACAGGUUCGACAAAUUUAAUUCCAAAUACAACCCUAUUGGAGAAUCUCGUCUUAGAGAAGUAUUCUUGAAAACAGAUAAUUAUACUGGUGGUAAGUAUUUUGCUCGGGUAAUUAAUGAAGUGGCGGCUGACUUAGAAGAAUCAAAAUAUCAAAAUGCCGAACUCCGCCUGUCGAUCUACGGAAAGAGUCGUGAUGAAUGGGACAAACUAGCGAAAUGGGCUAUUUCUAAUAAAGUGUAUUCUGACAAUGUUCGAUGGCUAGUUCAGAUUCCACGAUUGUUUGAUAUAUUUAGAUCGAACAAUAUUUUAGAUAACUUCCAGCAGUUGUUGGACAAUGUAUUUUUGCCACUGUUUGAAGCCACCAAUGAUCCUAAUUCACAUCCAGAUCUCCAUAGAUUUUUACAACAUGUAGUCGGAUUUGAUAGUGUUGAUGAUGAGUCGAAACCAGAAAAUCCAUUUGUUGACCGAGAAGUUCCCAAACCAGCACAAUGGAGAGAAACUGAUAAUCCACCUUAUGCAUAUUAUCAGUACUAUAUGUAUGCCAACAUGACUGUACUCAAUCAUCUCAGAAUCAAACAAGGUUUCAACACGUUCGUUCUAAGACCUCAUUGUGGUGAAGCAGGAGCUGUACAACAUUUGGUGUGUGGUUUUAUGAUGGCUGAAAAUAUAUCACAUGGACUGCUAUUAAGAAAAGUGCCUGUACUUCAAUAUUUGUAUUAUGUUGCCCAAAUUGGUAUAGCCAUGUCACCUUUGUCAAACAAUUCAUUGUUUUUGAAUUAUCAUCGAAAUCCAUUACCAGAAUAUUUGGCUCGUGGUCUGGUUAUCAGUCUGUCAACAGACGACCCACUGCAGUUUCAUUUCACCAAGGAACCGUUAAUGGAAGAAUACUCGAUUGCUGCUCAGGUAUGGAAAUUAUCAGCAUGUGAUAUGAGCGAGUUGGCUCGAAACUCUGUAUUGAUGUCUGGAUUUCCUCAUAGGAUCAAGCAGUACUGGUUGGGACCCAAUUACACUAAGGAGGGGGUGGCAGGAAAUGACAUAUCGAGGACCAAUGUCCCGGAUAUACGAGUGGCAUACCGCAACGAAACUCUUUUAGACGAGUUAGCGGUCAUAUUUGGCUCCAUGCCGACAAAUGCGACAACAAAUACAAACAGUGGAACAUCUACAGUGCCAAGUUCAUAGGUCUAAUGUACAAUAUAUUAGUUGUACUAGAUAGACAACAUACAUUAUAUUCUAUAUUAUAAGACAUUGUAUUCCAUGAUUUGUUAUAAUCAUAUUAUAAUUAUUAUUAUUAUUAUCUAGAUAUUAUUAAUUUUUAUGUGACUAUAUUAAAUUUAAACAUAUUAGGCAAGUAUAGUUAUAUUUACAUUUUUAUGAUCCAUGUAGAUCAUUUUUAUUAUUCAAUUAUCUUAUUAUGUAUAACAAUUAUUUUCGAAUAAUAUACUUUAUUUUAACGAUAAGUACUAAUAAUAAUCCUAUUCUAUUUAUGUCCGUAAAGUAUGACUAUAAUACUUACAAAUAAAAAAGGGCGAUAAAUAUACAUAUUAAUUGUUAAAUGUAAUUUAUACUUAGUUGUUUUUAUUAUAAAGUUAUAUAGACCCAAAGUAUUUCCUACAUAAUUGUAAAAUAAUGAUAUUAGAUUAUGUAGUGCCUAUUUUUAGUUUACUAUGUACCAUUGUAAAUGCAAUACACAUAGCACACAUACAUAUAUAAGUAUAUCUACUCAUCUAUUAAUUCAUUGUAUGUGUAUCUUUUAUCAAUUUCUUCAUUAUAUUAGAAUAAAUGUUAUAGAUGCAUUUUGA